GGAACGUAGGAGUUGUUGGAAAAUUCUGACACAUACAUACAGGUUAGAAAUUUCAGUAGCCAUCUUUUGUGAUCGUCCUAUUAUUUGAACUUUUGCUAGUGUACAAAGCCAAUACACAGCUAAUAACAUUUGUUUGUUGACGUUUUUGAAAAGCUAACUUUGGGAUAUACUUAUAAUCUUACUACCCAGUCAGCUGAGUGAUCUGAGUUUAUAUUCAUAAUCUCAUAAUGGCAAGUCCAAUGGACACACACCAACCUGCAAACAGCCUUGAUCAAUCAGCCAACCAAUCAUGGAGCAGCCAGUUUAGUGGCAAUAUUGAUUAUUCACCACAACAAAUUCCACAGACAACGUCAACCACAACAACGUUUACAAACUCUAGGGUCUCAAAUGUCAACAUGAAUAAUAAUACAAUGUCAAGUAGCUCACCUUUACCGCAGAGACAACCUUUUGUUAUAAGACCCCCUGCAUUCAUCCCCCCAGUACAAAAUGAAGGUGGUAUUAUGGUCAGGGGGCCAAGAAUGCCUAACAACAGUCCUAUGAACAUUCCCUCCCACACACCUCAAGUCCACCCUGUACAUCAACUAUCUCCUCAACAACAACCCUCACAAGAAGAUCUUAAUAGACCACCUACAAUAAGAGACCUAAUUAACCUCCAGCAACAUUUUGAUGGGAUGUUCCAGUCUCAUCAUGCCAGUGUGGAGAAAUAUGUUAAUGCAACUAUUCAGCCUAUUCAGAAAAAGGUUGUAUCCUUAGAGACUCAAAACGAACUUCUUAAAGCUGAUGUGGCAUCCCUUCAAGUGGAAGUACAAGAUCUCCGGUUUGCAUGCAAUCACAAUGCACAGUACAGCAGACGCUCAACCAUACGUAUUCUGGGCAUACCUGAGACUGAUUCGGAAAACUGUGCAGAGAAGGUUGUUAAGGCACUUAUUGACAAUAAUGUCCACCCAGGUAUGAAAACUGAUGAUGUCGAGGUCGCUCACCGUGUAGGACGUGCUAACAGGCCGACAGCUGGUGCCAACCCUAAACCACGUCAUAUCAUAGGAGGAUGAAAUUUCGUGGGACAAAGGACUUAAUCAUCAAGAACAAGAAGAACUUAAAGGGCUCUAAUAUUCUUGUGUUUGAGGAUCUUAGCCCCUUAAAUAGACAAUUACUUGAUUUUGUCAAAAAAUCCUCUGAGAUAGAGAAUGCAUGGAGUUCAAAUGGGAAAAUUGUCGGAAAGCUUAAGACUGGAACAAUCCGACGUUUCGAACUCUCUGAUAUGGGGCUUUAAAUGUCCCAUAUCAUGAUUUCCCAACAUUUGACAGUAACUGAAUCAUCCCUAUGGUAGAUCCUUU